GGCCCCGCCGCCACCAUGAUCAGCGCCAUCCUGGUGUUCAACAACCGCGGCAAGCCGCGGCUCGUCCGCUCCUGCGAGCGCCUGGUGUUCGUGGAGACGCUGGACAAGUGCUUUGAGAACGUCUGCGAGCUGGACCUCAUCUUCCACAUGGACAAGGUCCACUACAUCCUGCAGGAGCUGGUCCUAGGGGGCAUGGUGCUGGAGACCGACAUGACGGAGAUCGUGGCGCAUGCGGAUGCGCAGAGCAAGCUGGAGAAGGCCGAGGGCGGCCUCUCUGCGGCUCCGUCCCGCGCCGUCUCUGCUGUGAAGAACAUCAACCUGCCGGAGACCCCUCGCAGCAUCAGCCUCGGGGACAUGGGCAUCAAAGUGCCCAACCUGUCGCAGCUGGUGUGAGCGUCUCGGGCUCCGUGC